AUGCUCAUGACCCGUACUAAAUUCGGGUCCUCUGGAGAGUUCAAAGACCAGGUUGCUGCAUCCUGCUUCCAUGGCUUCUCAGAAUUGCAAAACAAAGUCGACCUCUUUGGGCUCACCGGCAUGAGGCUCGCGUACGUGCUGGAGGCCCGCGGCGCCUUGGCGGAGGCCGAGCCGCUGCGGCGCCGAGGCCUGGAGGCCCGGGAGCGGCAGCUGGGCCCCGAGCACCGCAAGACGCUCAUCGCGGUGAACAACUUGGCGUCGGUGCUGCAGGACCUGGGGAAGUUUGGCGAGGCGGAGGCCCUGCACCGCCGAGCUCUUGCGGGGAGGGAAGCGCACCUCGGCACGAAUCACCCGGACACGCUUGAGUCCAUGAACAACCUGGCUGCCCUCCUGUGGAAGCAGGGGAAGCUGGAUGAGGCGGAGGCCCUGCACCGCCGAGCUCUUGCAGGGCACGAAGCGCACCUCGGUGCGAAUCACCCGUACACGCUCAACUCCAUGUCCAACCUGGCUGCCCUCCUGUGGAAGCAGGGGAAGCUGGAUGAGGCAGAAGGGCUGCACCGGCGAGCCUUGGAAGGCGGCGAGUCCCAACUGGGAGCCCAACACCCCGACACGCUCGUCUUGGUUAACAACUUGGCCCUUGUCUUGAAGAGGCAAGGCAAGUUGGAGGAGGCGGAAGGGCUGCACCGCCGAGCCUUGGAAGGCGGCGAGUCCCAACUGGGAGCCCAACACCCCGACACCCUCGUCUGGGUGAACAACUUGGCCCUUGUCUUGGAGAAGCAAGGCAAGUUGGAGGAGGCGGAGGAGCUCCAUCGCAGGGCCCUGGCGGGAUCCGAAGAUCAGCUGGGCCCCCUGCAUCCGGACACCCUCAGCUCCGUCUGGAAUCUGGCAAACCUUCUGGAGGCCAAAGGCUCCGUCUCAGAGGCGGGGCAGCUUUAUCUCCGCGAGUUGCGUGGCCUGGAGGGGCUGCAUGGGCCGGAGCACGAAAAGACCCAAGCAAGACGCCGCAACUUGCAGCUUUUCCAAGUAAGGUCACGCACCAGAGAAAAUUGUAGCAUUGCUUGA